GCACCAGGGCGAGAGGGAUACAUCAUCGCACGCCCGGUUCGGAACAGCAGAGGAAGGAGCGCCCGCGCCUCGGGCCCCCCGAGAAAGUGACCAUGCUGCCCCAACAGCUGCUGCAGCAGCAGCAGUUCCCUGAUGAAGCAAGCUAUGCAAAUAGCACCAGAAUUCCUCUUCCUGGUGACAGCCCAGCGCUCCAGCCGAACAGCUCAGCACCUUCCAAGCAAACAGUGCUCUCGUGGCAAGCUGCAAUUGAUGCUGCUAGACAAGCCAAGGCUGCCCAAAGCAUGAGCACCACCCCAGCUCAACCUGUAGGAUCUCUGUCCCAAAGAAAGCGCCAGCAAUAUGCCAAGAGCAAAAAACAGGGUAAUACAUCCAAUAGUCGGCCAGCCCGAGCUCUUUUCUGCCUAUCCCUCAAUAACCCACUCCGAAGAGCCUGCAUUAGUAUAGUAGAAUGGAAACCGUUUGACAUAUUUAUAUUACUGGCUAUUUUUGCCAAUUGUGUGGCCUUAGCUGUUUACAUCCCAUUUCCAGAAGAUGAUUCUAAUUCAACAAACCAUGAUUUGUCAAUUCUGCCACAUACCUUCUGGCAGACUUGUACUAGUGAUGAAGAUAUAUCUGAAAAGGAGUUGCAGUGA